AUGCAAAAACUUAAAGACACGUUGCAAGUCUACGAACCCAGGAUGGAAACAAACGUGACUGCAGCAAACAUCCUUCUGAUUGGUCAGAUCGGCGCGGGAAAAUCGAGCUUCUUUAAUUCUGUUGAUUCAAUAUUUCGCGGCAGAGUCAUGAAUAAAGCAUGUAGUGGGAAUUCAGAGCGCAGCAUCACAACAAUGUACCGACGUUUUGAACUGAAAGAUAGCUCCACGAAAAAAUUUCUAAAUUUCCGCUUGUGUGACACUUGUGGAUUCCAGGAAGGAUUUUCUUUUGAUGCACAAGAGUUUUCCUUUAUCGUUUGUGGAAACCUUCCAGAUUGUUACCGGUUUAAUCCCUUGGUACCUUUUGAAUCGGAUUCCGCUGGGUACAUCAAAAAGCCGGAAUUAAAAGACAAAAUUCACUGUGUGGCAUUUGUUAUAGAUAGCAGCACCGUUGAUGUAAUGCCGGACAAAGUACUUAAACACAUGAAAGAUCUACAAGCCAGGAUGACCCAUAGAGGUUUACCACAUGUUGUGUUGUUAACAAAGAUUGACAAGCUAAGCCCAGAAGCAGAUGACGAUGUAACCAAUACUUAUACACAUACAGCUGUCUGUGAAGCCGUGAAUAAAGCAGCAGAAAUCAUGGGACUGCCAUCUGCUCACAUUUUUCCGAUCAAAAAUUAUGUAAGCGAACCAAACCUAAAAACAGCUUUAGACAUUUUGAUAAUGAAGGCCUUGAAGCGAUGCCUCGAGUUUGCCGAUGAUUUUAUGGAUGAACAACUACUCAGAAAAGCAGCAGAAGAAAAAAUGAAUUGCACAGAAGUUGAAAGUGAUCAGAAUCACAUAGAGAAAAAAUUUGAAAAUAUGAUUAAUUAGGUCUGAAACUUUGGAAGUUAAAUUCAGUUGAAUUAUUUAUUGUGACAGUGUUGGUUUUGCAAUGCACACUGUUUCUAAAACAUAAAACAAGUUUUCUACCUAAGUAACUGAAUAAAUAAAAUAUGCUCACACUGGACUUUGUGUAAGGGAUAUGUCUGUAUCAAAAAUAAAGCAGUGAAACAUAUGAAAAACACCAGAGAGGAUAGUGGUUUUAAAACAUAAUAAAUUACCAAACCUAAAACGAAAUCAUCGCUUUAAAAGAUAUACUAAAUAAAAAUCAUAAAUUCAAAACAUGUCUUUGUUACUCUGCAACCCAAGUUUAAUUUCAAUUACCAUUACCCCCCCCCCCCCCUCCCCCCAACUCGCACACCCACCAAAAACAAACCCCCUCUAAUGCUAAGAAUAAUUAUUUUUAAUUUUUAUUUUUAAUUUUUAUGAGACUUAUAAACUGUUACAGCCCUAAUACGAAUGAUAAUUAUAUAUUAUUAAUAAAUUCAUGUUUUACCAACACACAAUUCACUAAAAUGUCCUUAUUUGCCAAUAUAACAACACAGAAAGCGUUUGU